GGUCAUGUGACUGGCUCGUCCUGAGCACCUGACUAACUGACUGUGUUGUCUGACUGUGCAGUUGCAUCCAGCAAGUGAUAGUCAUGUACGUGGAGGGUUUAGGACGACACACUUGUCCAAGUUUUCAUUUAUUACUUCUUUUAAUUUCACUCCAGGUGGGCUUACACUCAGUGGAGGGAGUAUGGCCAUUACCGCAGUCUUACGUUCCAUCACCGGAACAAUACCGACUUAACCCACAAGCUUUCUACUUUGGAUACGGGAAACAAUCAGCUGCACAGUCGGGAUGUACUGUUCUGGACUCUGCAUUCAAGAGAUAUUUCUCUCUUGUCUUUCCAGAUUUUUCUUCUGGUAAGUUUAAAAAUAAGCUUGACCUAUCGCCUGUAAACAACACGAAAAUACACUUCCGGGGGACAAGAGGUCCAGUCAUACUGAAAGUACUAUCACGAUUUAAAGAAUUUGCUGUAUUUUUGCUGUCUCUGUGUUGUAUAUGAUAUAAAGGAUGGGUUGUAAAAUUUAUCUCCUUCUGUGUAAACAGUCAGGGGAUUCACAGUGCUGCGUAAUGAGAGGACAAAAAUACAGAGUAAAGUGCUCCAUGGCUUUGUUUUGAGUGUUUUUGUUGUGGCUUUAAAAGCAGAUCAAUGGGCUUUGUAGAGACAGCAGUUCAUCCCACAGGCAGUGUAGCCUCAUACCUGUUGUAAACCCUCACUCUGAAAGCAAGCCAGAGUAGGCUAACACAGUUUUAUGGUUGUUUUUAAAUACCAAAGGUUACAGGAUACAAGAGAGAAUUUUGACACAUAAUAGAAACUGUAAGCGUAUGGACAAACAUACCUUUUUAGUCUUGCUUUUAACUAAAUUUUAUAUCAUUAACUUUAAGUGUUUUAGCAUUUUAGUUUUUCUAGUUUUAAUGAGAGGAUUGUCUUUUAUUGAGCUAUUUUGGUGCUCUUAUUUUAGUAUCUUUUACUGUUGUUUUCAUUAUUUCUUACAUUUCAUUCAAUGUUACUUUGUUUUUAGAUUUUAACCUAAACCCCCAGUGUUUCCUUGUCUUGGGUUUUAAAAUGGCGUUUCCUCAGUGCACACAUUCCUGUUUCCACAAAAUCAAGCCCUUUUCAAGUUAAUGCAUUUUAAUACUGUUUAUGAAGCAUUUAGAUCGUGGAGUGGGAAUGAGGGGUUGGGUUGGGGUAAAUUUGGGUAAAUUUGGGAAGGUUGGCGGUUCGAUUCCCCCCUAAUCCAAGUCUGUCCGUUGUGUCCUUGGGCAAGACACUUAACCCACCUUGCUCCCAGUGUGUGUCCUCCACUGGUGUAUGAUUGUGAGUGUUGUGUGGUGGUGGUCGGAGAGGCCGUAGGCGCAGAAUGGCAGCCACGUUUCCACCACCACCAAAGUGUGACUGUGUGAGCGAAUGAAUGAUGUAUCCAAUGUAAAGCGCUUUGAGGGUCUCUGAUAAAGCGCUAUAUGAAAUCUGAUGCAUUAUUAUUAUUAUUAUUAUUCUUUGUUUCUUUUAUUUCUUUUUCUGUGUAAAACACUUUGUGCUACAUGGUUGUGUAUGAAAAGUGCUGUACAAAUAAAGACUGAUUGAUUGAUUGAUUACUGGUGACUGUAACAAUCUCUACAACCAACAGGUUAUGGUGCUCUGCGAUUCAGUGUGGAUAAACCAUUUAUAGUUGAAGUCACUGUUGACCACAAUGACUGUGAAGGUUACCCAAAUGAGGACUCAUCAGAAAGAUGUAAGUAUACCUGACUAAUAGCACUUCAGGCUGUGUUAGUAUGGCUUCCAUGCUCCUUCUGGUCAGGUUUGAUGUAUUGUCUCACCUGAUUUUAUUUGUUUCACAGACAGUCUCACUGUUUCUGCUGGACUCGCAUCUCUGAAUGCAGACACUGUGUGGGGUGCUUUAAGAGGUAAUGUACCUUCCAGAUGCAUGCAUGAGCAACAGAGACCUCGUGUGAACAAAGGCAGAGAAUUCAAACAAACAUGUUCAAGAACUGCUUCAGCAAAGAAAGAGCCAGGCUCAGUCAAAUCCUGUUCAGCUAGUUGUACAGGAUUUGUCCUGGUACCCACCAUUAAAAACUGCCUUGAAAUUUCCCACUCUUGCCUAUGUUGAUGUGAAUGUAUGUCUUUUUAUUGAGCACAGGUCUGGAAACUUUCAGUCAGCUGGUCUAUCAGGAUGAUUUUGGAUCUGUAAGUCAGUAAAAAGACUACUCAGACUCAUGCAGCUGCUACUACCGAAGUCACAUCUCAUCAGGCCUAAUAUUUGGGGUAUAUAUUUUUUUUUUUUAGUAUUUUGUGAACAAAACUGAUAUUGAAGACUUCCCUCGAUUCCAGUUCAGAGCAAUUCUGUUGGACACUUCACGGCACUAUUUACCAGUGCAAACCAUUUUAAAAACUCUGGUAAUUAUCAGAUGACAUAAUCUGAUCUUCAAUCUUCAGUUUUAUUCAUUCAUGCCAUUCCCAAGGUGCUUGAAAACAUUUCUUUCUUUCCUCUUGUCAGGAUGCAAUGGCCUACAAUAAGUUUAAUGUGUUUCAUUGGCACAUUGUCGAUGACCCCUCUUUCCCCUACCAGAGCCGCACCUUUCCAGAUCUGUCCAGUAAGGUAUGUCAAGCUUAUUGACAGCUCUAAAAUUUUAUGAUUUUAUGCAAGGCCUUUUGCAUGUGGAUUAGUAAGACAGCAGAGCUCUGAAAGGCCACAUUAACCCUGAACAAAGACUUCUGGCUCUGAUUCAGGGGGCUUUCCAUCCAAUGACUCACAUCUACACUCAGUCUGAUGUGAGAAGGGUGAUCUCACAUGGCAGGCUGAGAGGAAUAAGAAUACUUCCUGAGUUUGAUUCACCCGGCCACACAAAAUCUUGGGGGAAAGGUAACAUUCAAAAACCACAUGAACCACAUUCACUCAAAAACAAAUGUUAGAUACAAGAUCUAAGCUCUCUGCUUCUCUUACUGUGCAAAGUAAUUGGAAAUUUCUAUUUUAAGGUCCAACAAGGAUUAUUUUUACAAUACUUGAAGACAAAGAUAGAAAAUGAAAACAAGCAAACAAGAAACUAAGUAUUGCCAUCUUUAGCUUAAUCCACCUUUUGAAAGGAUUCUGCUUCAGUGGCAAUAAAUCCCUGCACUCAACAGAGCAUGCAAGAGACAUAUUCAAACACUUUUUGCACUGACACUGAUAGAUAAACUUUUGUUUCUCCUCAGGGCAGCCUGACCUGUUGACUCCAUGCUACAAAGGGAGCGCUCCCUCUGGAGCAUAUGGUCCUGUGAAUCCAACGUUACUCUCCACUUAUGAAUUCAUGGCGGGACUGUUUAAGGAAGUUUCAUCGGUAUUUCCUGAUUCCUACAUCCACUUAGGAGGAGAUGAGGUUGACUUUACCUGCUGGUGAGCUGACAGAGUAUUUAAAUCUAAGCUACCUUCAAUGUUUGAAACCAGGAUUUCCUAGGUUUUCAUAGCUAUUGUCUGUUUACACAUUAGCUUAAUUCUGCUUGGCGUGUCAGCAUAAGGAAUAUUUCCUUUCUUUUUUAUGUAAUGUUAAGUCUGCUGUCCAGACUUUUCAGUGCUCUCACUGCAGUGUCUAGUCAGGCAUCUGGUCGACUGUGUUUGUCGGUUAAGAAAAGGUACACAUAUCUAGUGAAAGAAAAAGCCAUAAAAUCUUUUAACUAUGCUCAAGAAUCUGUUAAUUCUUGUUUUUUAAAGUUACAACAAAAAGAACAACGUUAAUCUAUCCAUCCACUAUCUAAACCACUAAUCUAAACAUAAAAACAGUUUAAUUAGUUGUUAUUGGAGAACUUUGAGGUUCAGAAAUUGUGCUUAAAAAGUUAACACAUUUAAAUUCAGAUAACUGGCUUCCACUACUUGUCUCAAUAGGAGAUCCAACCCUGAUGUUCGUGCAUUCAUGCAGAAGAUGGGAUUUGGAGCAGACUUCACCAAACUUGAAGCAUUCUACAUGGAAAAGUAGGCUGUUACAGGAUACACUCAGCAAAGAUGUCUCUGGGAAAUACACUGACCAGUACAGUAAUGUAACAAAUUCUACUUAUGUUUGCAAUGUUUUCAGCAUUGUGAAUAUCACCUCAUCCCUCAACAAGACCUCCAUAGUGUGGCAGGAUGUAUUUGACUACCAUGAGCGGGUGAGUAUAUCAAAAGUGUUUCUUUCAUGGUACUAAAAACUCUCUCCUUGUUCAGAUGUUUGUACAAGCCAACAUUUCUGAGAUUUUUCUUACUCCAACUAUUACUCAUAAAGUUCAUAACACAACUAUCAUUUCAAGAAAAGAUUAUUAGUAGUGGUAGUGCUCACUCAUUACGAUGUGUUUAAUGUCCCGAGCCGUUCUCAGAUGUUUAUUUACAGUAUCAGUUUGUGUGCCAACUGAAGUUUUGACAGUUUUAUUUGACAAAGACAAGCAGAUGCAAUCACACAACUAGUCUAUCAAGUCUGAUGGUGUUUAGCUUUGUGUUGCAGCGCAGCUCUCUCUCAGUGGUGGAGGUAUGGAAACAGGGCUGUUACCUUUGUGAGGUGCUGAGGGUUACCAAAGCAGGGCUCAAAGUGAUUCUGGCCUCUCCGUGGUACCUGGACCAGCCAGGACCAACACAUAACUGGGCCCGCUACUACACCGUAUUUCCACUCGCCUUCAAGGGUUAGCGAAUAACUUGUGUGCGGUGGCUGAUUGAAAUUUUGAUCUCUGCUGUGUUUUUUAUUGUUGUUUCUUAAAGUACCUUGAAGUGAAGCUCUGUCCUUGUAAAAUGUAUGAUAUACAGGUUCAUCUUAACAAAUAAGAAUAUCAUCAAAAAGUUGUCAAAGUUCAGUAAUUAAGUUCAAAAAGUGAACCUCAUAUAUUAUACAAAUUCAUCACACAAAAACUGAUGCAUUUCAAGUGUUAAUUUCUUUUCAUUUUGAUGAUUAUAACUUACAACUAAUAAAAACCCCAAAUGUACUAUAUCAGAAAAUUAGAAUAUUACAUUAGAUCAAUUCUAAUAACAAUAAAAAAGGAUUUUCAACACAGAAAUGUUGGACCACUGAAAAGUUAUCUCUGUUGCUUGUUCACCUUUCUCUACCACAUGCUCUCCCAUGAAUGGGCUUGGAUACAGCACUCUGUGAACAGCGAGCUUCUUUAGCAAUGACCUUUUGUGUCUUACCCUCCUUGAGUGGGGUGUCAAUGAUCGUCUUCUGGACAGCUGUCAAGUCCACAGUCUUCCCCAUGAUUGUGUGACCUACUGAUCCAGACUAACAGACCUUUUAAAGUCCCAGGACACCUUAACAGGAGUCUCCAAUAUUAAACUUUCUCACAAUAUUCUAAUUUUCUGAGAUACUGAGUUCUAGGUUUUCAUUGGCUGUAAGUUAGAAUCAUCAAGAUGAAAAGAAACACUUAAAAAUAAAUCAGUUUGUGCGUGAUGAAUCCAUAUGAUAUAUGAGUUUCACUUUUUGAACUGAAUUACUGAAGUAAAUCAACUUUUUGAUGAUAUUCUAAUUUAUUGAGAUGCAUCUGUAUGUAAGUUAUAGCUCACUACUGUUGACUGUCACAGGAUGUUGUGUUUGUAUCUUUGCCACUAGAUGGCAGUGAAGGCUGUUUUCCACGCCUCGUGGUGUAAGACAUCCUGUGUCACAUUUUAGUGUGAUACACUGACCAUAUUGCUUGCAAUAUUACCAAAUGACAUUAAUCUGCUCAAAAAAGCACAUUUUUUUAGUUUGACUAAUGUUCAGACAGUAGUCUAGUUUUAUUUAUGGCAUAUUGGGAAUGUUAAGGUGGACUAGAAUUGGGACACAGCUUGACUAAAGUGUGGUUACUGUGCUACAAGUUUACAAGGCUGUGUGCUGCACAGUCCCAUGGCUAAAUUGCGCAUUUUCCCUUUGUCAUAGAGUGAGAACAUGACACAAUAUGAAUCAAUCAAACGAAAUUCAAUCAAAUUUAAAAGUUAUAAGCCAGAAUCCUUCACAGAUUUUCCAAACUGAAGUCAUCAGACUAUAGGUAGCAGAAAAAUACAUGUUUUUGCAGGCUUGCUGCUAAAUUGUGGUGUUGAAUACAGAUGUUAUAGAGCUAGAUGUUGGUAGAACGGCACAGUGUUGUAUCAACUUGUUGUUAAAGCUGCUCUUUCCGAGCUCAUAUAGGAUUUUUAUGUCUAUUUUCUCGCAUAAAGAACAGCAGAUACAAACUAGUCAACACCUCAAUAACCAGCUCAGUCCAAAAAGUGCAUCAAAGACAAGCAAGAUGGCAUGUUGUUUGUCACCCUGCGCAGAUUCCCAAGGACACAGUACUUCAUAUCUGGAAGGGCGUACCAGCUAAAUAUCAGGACGAGCUCAGCAGGAUCACCAAAGCUGGCAUGAGGGUCCUGCUGGCAGCCCCUUGGUACAUCAACCACAUUUCUUACGGCCAGGACUGGCGCAGCUACUACACUGUGCAGCCACAGAACUUUCCUGGUGUGUGCAUGAAAAAGCAUUAGUACAUCUGAUUAUUUUAAGUUUCUGCGCUGGUGAUGGACACUGCCAAUCAGAAUGAGCAGUUUUAUAAAAUACAUUUAAAGAGUGACUUUGUAAGUGUGACUUGCAGUGGUGUGCUGAAUUAAUACUGAAGAAUAUGAUGAGAAGUAAAAUCAUAACUAGUCUGUCUGUAAAUAAAAUUAAUAAUGAUUUAAAAUCUGAAAUGUCAUCAUCCCUUUAAAGGCACGGAGGAACAGAAGAAGCUGGUGAUAGGUGGCGAGGUCUGCAUGUGGGGAGAAUAUGUUGAUGCAACUAAUCUCAAUCCACGUCUUUGGUAGGGAAAAAAAUAAAACCUUGACAUCAUUAAAAUAUUCACUUUACAUUGUAAAUGCAGCCAAAGAUAUGAAAGAAAAUUGAUAAAUCUCCCCCGUUGUACCCAAUUUCACAGGCCGAGGGCGAGUGCUGCAGCAGAGAGGCUGUGGAGUGAUGAGAAGCAGACCUUCGACGUGAACAAGGCUUUUCCUCGUUUGAAGGAUUUCCGCUGCAAGCUCCUGAGGUAGAUUACCUUUUAUUUUCUCUUUUUUUCUAGAGAAUUUCCUGCUGUUAUACAGUUCUACAAACAUUUCUAAUAAUCAACUGUCUUUCAUAAUAAUGUUUUCGCUUCCCUGUGUCCUCAAGGCGUGGUAUCCAGGCAGAGCCUCUGUUUGUGGGACACUGCAAACAUGAGUACCAAGGUAUCUGAAGACCUGGAUGAACAACUCUCCUGUUGCAAGAUUUUUUCUGGAGAGAGUUUGGACUUACUCGGUUCAUAUUUGUUUUGAGAAGAUCUUGUGUGCUGCCUUUUAAGUGACGUGAAAUCUUUAAAAGUUGUUUAAUGAUGGAUACGCUGAAAUGUUUUCUCAGGGAUAUAUUGAGGGGGGCCUGGGUGCAGAUGAUUGGUGGUCCAGGCUUGAGCGUGUGCUUUUGUGUCUUUGCCAGUAAAACACAUCAUCUCAAGAAAAUGCAGAUAACUUUUUAAUUCGACUCGUCAUCUUUUUCAAAAGGCAGUGGAAUAUUUUCAAGGUACAGGAACAACUGUGAAAUCAACAUUACUCACAAAUCACUUAAUGACUCAUUUGAGCUCUCUCAAAGAGAUUGUUCACUUUUUUUCAGGGAGAUGUUGUGAUUUUACUUUAUAACUUGUCUAAUUAUACAAUCCAGCUCUAUGAAGUGGAGAACAUUAUACUGAAAACUUUUGUUCUUUGGCUUGUGAACAGGUUUACUGAUUUGAAAUACUGCUUGAAGGGAAAAAAAUCAUCAGAAGAAAAUCCUGAAUUGAAAAUGUGAUUUACUGUCUUGUUUACAAAUGACUCUUACUCUCAGACUUCUCACAUCACAUUUGCUUUUCUACUGUUUAUAUGUUGUUUUUCUAUAAAGGGAUUUUAUUUUUGAUUUUGAAAACACAGAGAUGUAUUAAAGACUUUUCUUCAAAGAGACCCAAA